AUGAAAAAUACAGAGCUAGAUCAAUCCCAAGAUUAGGAAGAUAUCGCUUCAGGCGACGAAUAAGAAAAGGUAGGAGACUUACCACUGAACAAAUAGCCAGUUAGAAAAGAAUCUAUUGAAUCUAAUAGUGCUUAAACAAAAAAUAUUUCAGCCUUUUUUGGUACAGAAAAAUAUCCAGCAGAAUAUUACUUUAAAGAAACACAGAGAUACAUAAGAUAAGGAUAACACAGAAAAGCAUUCAUUAUCUUAGAUAAAUUUUAUGAAAGAAACAAAAACGAAUAAUUUUCGGAAUCAGUUUUGAUGAAAUUAGGGAGAAGAUACUUAACUUGUGGUAUUGCCAUACUUAGAUAAUAUUAAUAGAGAGAAGAAAUUCAUUAAAAAUCAUAAACUAUGAUACUACUUAAAAAACUCUCUACAAUGAUUAUUUUGUGGUAUUAAUCUCUGAUCAAAAUUCUUGAUAAAAAUCGUUGCUACAAUGAUGAAUUUAUAGUCCCUGAAAUAAAUACUGACUACAACACUCCAAAUCCUCAAACUAACUAAUCUCAAAAUUAUCCACAAUAAUCACAAAACUCGAAAAAGGUUGGACUUUCUUCUUUUUCAAACAUGGUCAACAAGCUUGAAAAGCAAAAAAAAGAAGAAUUAAAGCAACAAUUUAAAUAUCCAGAGCUAUCCUUGGAAAUGAUGAUGACAGAUUUAAUUGAGCCAUCAAUGAUUAAUUUAAUACCUGAUGAUGUUUAAAUUGCAAAAAAUUUGAUUGACUUUUGGUCUCUGUUCAUUGAGCUCCUUGUAAUGUGGUCUAUAUACUACAAAAAGAUGCAGGAUGCAUGGGCUUCAUACAAGUUUAUGAGCAAAGCUGAGAAGCUUAUAGAGUAAAAAUAAGUAUACACUACAGAGAAUAUUUAAUUACUCAAAGUUAGCUCAUAAGUAAGAAUGCACUAAGCCUAGAUUAUUAUGGAAUUAGGAUUAUUUCCAGAUGCUAUUGCUUUAUAUGAAGAAGCCUUGCAAAUAUAACAAAGAAUGCUAAAUUAACAAAUAAGUGCAAAGAAUUUCUUACCAAAAAAUGCCAAAGAAAUUUACAUAAAUUUGGCAAAUCAAAAAAUAGAAAAAACAGUUUGUUUAAUGUGUGUUGGUUUGCUAGUUAUGCACUAAGCUUAUGAGCAACUUGAUAAGAUAGAAUAGGGAAUGGAGUGCUUGAGGUUACUCUACUGGCUAAUAAUUACGUUUAUAAAGUAGCAAUAAUAUAGUGAUUUACUUAAUGAAUCUUAUAAAUCUUAUUAAUUAUUCACAUCUAAAUAUGAUGAGCUCAUGAACAUGAAUGCUGAAAUAAACAAAAUAUUUUCAAUAGCUUUAAACAGAGGAUAGAAGUACAUGUUUUCAACUAAUGAUGAUUAAAAAAAUGUAAAUGAAGACUUUCUUGACUUUGUCAACUAAUAUCUGUACAAAAAGUCAAAAGCUGAAGAACUAAAUGAAACACUUGUGAUAAUACAGAAAAAGCCAAUAAUUGAUAAUCUGUUUAAAUAAUCAAUAGGAGGAUAGAGUUCUAUUGAUAUAGGAAAGAAUGAAAUGGCUAAAGAUUAAAUUUAUUAUUCUUUAAAAAGUAAUCAUUCUAUUACUUCUUAGAACAAGCUUAGUAAAAUUAAUGAGAGCAAAGAAACUUACUUUACUGAGCAGAACACAACAACAAUGAAAGGAACAGAAAAUAAAACUGAUGAGAGUAUGACUCAGUCAACGACUAAUAAUAAUUUGAAUAAUUUCACUAAUAUCAGUAAGAAAGAUUAUUACUUAAAUAGGACUUAUUAAAAUAACACUGUUACUUCUGAAGCUUUACUCACGCUGAAUGAAGAGUCGCCAGAAAAAACAUUUUAACAACACAGGAUACAGGUUAUUACCUCUUCUUUCUUACAUCCCCUUAACUAAACUGAAAAUAAGAGUUCGACUAAUUUGAUGAUGGGUGGUAAAUCAGCUUAAAUUCUUUCGUAGUCAAGUUUAGGAAGAUUACCUUAGACUACUAAAUCAGAAAGAAAAAAUAGUAUCAAAUUUAACUUGAUAAAAUCUGUAGCAGCAUUUGAGAAAGUAAAAUAAAAGGAAGGGCACUAAGUUAAUUGGGAUAAACUUCAGAAAAGUAAAAAAAAAGUAAUAGAUAUUCAAAAAAUUUAGUAAAAGGAAGAGUAUCUGUAAAAAUAUCAGCCAAAGCUUGUAAGCAGCAACAAAUUCUUCUUUGAAAAAUAAAUUGAGCAUGAAACAGAUGCAACAAAUUUAAGAAACAACAAAGAACUGGAAGUCGAUAAGAUCUUUGGGGUACAUAAAAAGAAAAAGUAUAACAUUUUGGAUCAUGAUGUUGAUACCUUUGCAGAUAAUAUUAUUGCGAGGUAGAUUCUUCUAAAGAGCAAUUGUAUGCCUUAUAAUCAUAUUAGAGUUGCAACUGAGUAGAAUUUAAAUGACUAUUAUUAAGAAAAGAAUGAGUUUGGAUUCUGCAGAAAAGUGCUUCAUCUCAAGAAACAAGGAAUGUCAUCAACUCUCACUGAAAAAGAAAAGGAUUUUAACAUUCAUGAUGCUAAUAACGAAAUGAUAAGAGAGGCAAGUGAUGUUUAGACAACUCUUUUAUUAAAUAACGAAAUACAAGAUAAGAAGAAAUAAUUAGAAGAAACAAAGAGAAUUAAAAGUCUUAAUCUAGACCUCAUUCCUCACCAAAAAGACGAAAAUACAGCAUCUAAGUUCAAGAAAAUUCUAUACAACCAUUCUAAAAAGCUUGGUUUGAAUUUAGUCAAAAGAAAUUUAAAACAAAUUACAAAUCAUCAGCAAAAAUCAUAAGAUUAGCAAUAGACUCAAAGAUCACUUAAAAAUUUAUUGUUUGCAGAAGAGGAGGAGCAAUUGGAUGAACAAGGAAAACUGAAAAAGACUCAGAAUAUUAAUAAAGAAACAAUAAAAUUACAUUUAACAGAGUUAGAUUAUCUGAUUUAAAAUGCACAUGACGAAAUAUCCUAAGGACAUAAAAAGAAAUUCAACAGGACUAUUUCAGAUUUUAAUGAUCUUAAUAGCUAAUAAUAAAAUUAAACUAGAGCUCAUGACUUGACUAUAGGAGAGAAAAUCGCUAAAGACUAUGCUAGACUCUCUGCCUCUACAAAAUAUUAUGUUGCUAAAAGUUCAGGAUAAAAAAUUAAUUCAUUCUUUGACCUUGUCAAUAGCAAAAUGAGACUUGGAAAAAUUUAAAAGGAAGAAGAGUAAAAAAUUAGAAUGGGAACCCCUAUUAUGAAAAAAACUUUGAAUGAAGCAGUGAGAAGAGCAAGUAUCAUGAGAUAAACUUUAAUUAUGAACAAAAACUGA